AUGACCGAUGGGGAUCUAUGGCGCGACCGUAACAAAGUGUUUGUAGCUGGUUUACCAUUGCAAGUGGACGAUAAUGCACUGUAUGAAAAAUUCAAGUCAUUUGGAGAAAUGCAUCAAUCUAAGGUAGUGUACGACCAAAAGACUGGACGCUCCAAGGGUUUUGGAUUUGUCACUUUCUGUGAAUAUACACAUGCUUUAGAUGCAGUGGCCCAAUUAAACCAAACAAAAUGGGACAAACGAACGCUUAAUGUUCGCUUUUUGCAGCCCAAAAAUGGGGCUGAAAAUGGGUCUUUUUCAGCUCUUGUGCCGACGCCACGACCAAGUAAAGUCAUUGGCCCACGACCAGAAGGUUGUACGACUAUUUAUGUGGGAAAUUUGGCUUAUGAUAUUACGGAAGAAGUUUUACGAAAAGUUUUUGACAAAUGUGGCAGUAUUCGUGCUGUUCGCUUUGCCGAACAUAUUCAGACCAAAGAAUUUCGAGGUUUUGGGUAUGUGCAAUUUCAUGAAGAUGGACCAUGUGAAGCUGCAAUUAAACUCGACGGGAUGGUAGUAAUGGGUCGACCCAUGAAUAUUGACUAUGGAGCUAGAGAUGAAGGAUAUGCACAAGCUCGAGAAGAGCUUCAGAAGAAAUUGAAAAAAGGUGUUUGUCACAAAUAUCAGCAGGGACAAUGUACACGUGGAGAUGCUUGUAAAUUUGCCCACGUGAUGCAAGAUCAAGAUGCCGAAGAAUUGGUGCAGCCAGCAGAGCGACCGGUGAGUGGAAUUGCUCUUCCGGGGGCUACGUUUGGAGCAGCAGAAACAAAGUUGAUGAUACCUGUUGAGGAGCAUACCCGAACAACGUUGGACGCACCGGUUUGUAUUAAUUUCCAAAAGGGAAAAUGCAAACGUGGCAAAGAAUGCAAGUUUCAACAUUUGCAUGGAAAUGGAAACGGUGAAGUAGCUGCAACGGAAGAGAAGGAACAUGUGGAAAUACAAGCUGAAGAUAAUGUUGACGAGGAAGUUCCAGAGGUAGAGAAAACUCUUGCGGAUGAAAGUGCACCUGUGUGUCAGAACUACCAGAGAGGCAAAUGUAAACGUGGACCGGCAUGUCGUUUCCGUCACGUAUCUGCACCGGUAGGAAGCUAUCAAGAGCCCGGAAACGAAGGACGGAAGGCUGUCGUUCGUGUGGCGCUGCCGGUUGCUGCAGUCGCUGAGGUGGCGGUGUGCAGGAAUUUUCAGAAGGGUGUUUGUGCGCGGGGUGCGUCUUGUCGUUUUGCACACACCGGUCACAUGGCGCAGGUAGUCGCUGUAGCUGCAGUCGAGGAAGUGAGUGAGUACCAAAAACGUUUUCAGAGCGUGUGCUACAACUGGCAGAGCAGCGGAUCUUGCGCACGUGGUGAUAAAUGCCCGUUUCAGCAUGAUGAAGGAGGUCCCACCAAAAAACAGACUGAAAAAGCGGAGGCAAAGUUGUACAAGGAGAAGAAGCACAAGAAACACAAAGCGGAUGACACUGAAGAAGAGAGCAUGACAGAAAGCUUCCAAAAGAACAAGAAAAAGAAGAAAGACAAGAAGCGCAAGGCUGUAGAACAGAUGGAAAGCGAAGAUGGCUCGAAGAAAAAACACAAGAAGGACAAAAAGCGCAAGAGGAGCAAGGAGGCUGACAGUAAAUCGACUGUACAGCGCGUCGUUCGCCGCGCAAAUGUCUCGAGUAGCGGGGAUCGGUAG